AUGACUCUGUUUUUAAAAUAUACGAUGGACUGUAAUCAUGAACACCCCGUCAACACCCAAGAGCUGGAACUACUACGGAACCACAAGUUUUCAGACUCCAAAAACACUAAAUGUCUCCAAGCUUGUGUCUUUAAGAAAAUCAAGUGGAUGAAUAACAAAGGAAUGUUUGACGACGAAGUCGCAUAUAAUACCUCUCAGAAAGAAUUCACUGAUCCCAGCAAACUUGAACAAUUGAAAACUUUGUACACCGAGUGCAAGAAGGUAAACGAUAUUAUCUUCGAGGGCCCAGAUAGUAACUGCGAGCGCGCAUCUGCUUUAGCAAAGUGCUUGUCAGAACACUCUAUUAAGAGUGAGAGCCUACGACGACGGCCAGACUUUCCUGAGUUUUGGAAAGCUGACAGUUUACCUGUUUGUGACAUUUACAGAGCCCUGAUAGGUCGAAAUUGUGUAAAUAAGCCGAACAUGAAGCCAAUCAACAAUCCUGGAAUUUGA